GGCGUGCGUGUGAGCUCCGUGUCGGAUGUCCGAUGAGCGGAGUGACGCGUGUUUACAUCCACACGAGCCACCGUCAUCCACACCGAGGAGGAGGAGGAGGCGGCGGAGGUUAGAAGAAACGUGUCCGCUCCCUGCGAUGCGCGGAUCGGGAUAAAUAAGCAGGAUCCGGGCCGCGGACCAUGCACCGGGAGAGAGGGAGAGAGUGAGGCGGCAGAGUUUUCUAGAACAUGUCCUGAAAUCAUCUUUAACUAGAGACUGUGCCCUCGAAUCAAUCCAGUCAUCUGUGUGAAGCCGGGACAAAGGCAGAGCUGCGUCGCCAUGAAUGGACAUUAAAUCAUCAUUAGCGCCCCGCAGUGGUGUGGAGGUAUGAGGGCCCCUGGAUGAAGGCCAUGGAGCUGAAAGUGUGGGUGGACGGCGUGCAGCGCAUCGUGUGCGGGGUCACGGAGUUCACCACAUGCCAGGAGGUGGUCAUCGCCCUGGCUCAAGCCAUCGGUCGCACUGGCAGAUACACUUUGAUCGAGAAGUGGCGGGAUACAGAGCGUCACCUGGCUCCAAAUGAGAACCCUGUGGUGUCCCUCAACAAGUGGGGUCAGUAUGCCAGCGACGUGCAGCUCAUCCUCCAGCGAACCGGCCCGUCCGUCAGCGAGCGGCCCGCCUCCGACGGGCAGGGUCGAGUCCCGGAGCGAGGCUUCUACCGGCAGAGCCUCCCGCCUCUGGCCAAGUUCCGGCCGUCGGGGUCGGACCACUCGAUAAAAAGAAGGGAACCCAAACGCAAAUCCCUGACCUUCGCUGGAGGGGCCAAGGGUCUGCGGGACAUAUUUGGGAGAAGCAGAGAUGCCGAAGCCAAACAGCCCCAGCAGCGCAGUGUGAGCCUGAGCCUGAGCAGAGUUGGAGGUGGUGGAGGAGCAUCUGUGCCUGGGAGUCCAGCCAGAGAGCUGAGCCGGCUGGUGCAGCUGCAGAGAGACAAACUCCAGGCCCUGGAGAGCCGUCUGCUGGGCUGCGAGGCCGAGCUGGGAGACUGGGAGGAGGCCGCCGGCGAGGCCAACGAAGGAGAAAAUCUGGAGGUGGAGCUGCUGCUUUUGGAGCAGCAGGUGAGGAGGAACGAUGCCGAGAUGGAGGAGGAGGAAUUCUGGGAGAACGAGCUGCAGAUCGAGCAGGAGAGCGAGCGGCAGCUCCGGCAGCAGCUGGGCGAGCUGCGGUGCCGCGUAAGCGACUGCGAGGCCCAGCUGUCAGAGUACAUAACACGCAUACAGAGCAUGGACUCAGGCCUGGAGCAGGAGCGGCUGCAGCACGAGGCCGAGCUCAACCAGAAGGUCAACGAUGAGGAGGUGCGUGCUCAGCUGGAGAAGGUGAGGGCAGAGCUGGAGACGCAGAGCCAGCAAACGGCGCGGCUGGAGAGCAGCUGCCGGGCGUUGGAACGCUCAGUCGGCCAAUCCGGCAAGAGAAUACAGGAGAAAGAGCAGGAGCUGGAACAGCUGACCAAAGAGCUGCGGCAGGUCAACCUGCAGCAGUUCAUUCAGCAGACUGGUACCAAGGUCACUGUGCUGCCUGCUCAACCUGCAGGAGAGGACAACACCUCCGAGGUGGAGUCCGGCUCCCUGAACAGACGCGGCUCGUCUCGCCUCUUACCCAGCGACCUCCGCACGCUGCAGAACACCAUCUCCACCAGCCUCAACCCCGAGGGGAUCUACGUGUGACCCAGGGGACCAUCAUCCUUCAGCCUGGUGUUACUGGACUGUUUUCUAACUGGGAGUGACCACAUAAUCAGCUGAACUGCUCCUCCAUUAACGCACUGCAGCGAGCAUCCUGUGGAGGACCAGUGUGGUAUCGUGAAAGACAAGUCUGCUUGAUGUUUUGCAUCUUUUUUGAACUGCCUCUUCCUCCGCCAUCUUACACGGACACCACAACUGAUGUCAAACCCAUUUGCAAGCAAGCAUUUCAUCUGAGCGAGUGAAGACUCCUCUUAAAAGAAAACGACAAGCCAGCAGACAUUUUCUUGUCAGGUACGGAGGCUCUAGGCGGAGAAACCUUUUAUUUUUGAAUGUCCUCAAUCAUGAACUGGAACUGGAGUUUCAGGAUGCAAAGUGUGGACACAUGUAAACACACAAGCGUAGACAAAAAAAGAAGGUAUAUGCAUGAGCAUGCACAAACCCUGACGUCACACCUGUGCUAUAACUCAUAGCCAUAUCUGAUUGCCUUACCAUGGUGUGUUCAAACCAGACGUCAACAGGUCUAAUGUUAAAAAGAAACUCAAGGUAGCUACUGAACACUAUGCGCCAUAUUGAUUUAGUAUUCAGGUGAUCAGGUGACCCCUUGUCACGGAGACCGAUGUCAGUAUAACUCAACGAUGGCUUGAUCCUUUUUAUAACAUGAUUUUACUUUUUGAAUUGAUUUAAUCAAACAAUGUGCAUCCUAUUUCAAGUUGAGGGAUGGCCCAGUGGGGUAGUGGUUAACACAGUCGUCUCACAGGUCUCCGGUUUGAAUCCCAGCUUAGCCAGGGUCCUCCUGUGUGGAGUUUGUGUCUGGGUGGGUUUUCUUUGGCUUCUUCCCACAGCCCAAAAGACAUGCAGGUUAAUGGAGACUCUGAAUGAGCUGUAGUGAGUGUGAGUGCUUGUUGUCUCUGUAUGUUGGCUCUGCGAUACCCAACUAGUGUGCACCCCAGCUCCUGCCCAAUGUGAGCUGGCUCUAGCUGCCCUACGACCAUCAAAGAAUCAGCUGGAUGGAUAAAGGGCGGAUGGAUGGAUAGAUUUUCUGUUGACAAAUAUUAACUCAUCCCAUAAAAUUGGGCCACAAAGUAAAAUCAGCAGCCACUGGAUAUUUUUUGUGAAACUGUGGCUAUUUUUCUUCAGCCUGAAAAAUGUUGCCAAUAAUGACUUAAUACUCCGUUUGACCACUGGGUGGUGACAAAACAUAUACUAUUUAGCCAGCUGAAAGUUAACUGUGUGAAAGUUAGUCCUGCUCCCAGAUGAUGGCUUUUUUUUCCUACUGUCUUUGUUCGUUUUUCAUAUUGUUUUGUGACGAAGCCUCAGCACUUUAGCUCCCAGUGUAUUUACCUGAGGUGCAACUUACGGUGUUGGCCAAGACAUGUUUCACUGUGUUCAUCGAGCAGGGACACACACACACACACACACACACACACACACACACACACACACACACACACACACACACACACACACACACACACACACACACACACACACACGCACACACACACAAACAGACAGUAUUCGUUUGUUCCGUCUGACUUUUAUCAUUUUAACCAACUAAAGAUGUCUCACAUGAACCAAAGCUAGUGUAAAAAUAAAUCAUUAAUAGUUAGAUGAAUGUACUUUUUUAAAAUAUGUACGCAGCUUAUUCAGAUUAAGUGUAUACUUAAGUAACUUGUGAAUAACAAAUUGUAAAUGUGUAAAAAAAUAUAUUCACUCAUAAGAAACAAUAUAUAUAUACCAAUAGUGGCAUGCACACAAAUGCCCAAACUAGAUAUAACAAGUAGACUAACCUAAAUGUGUGUGCAGGCGUGACUUCAGUGCCAUACGCAGUGAAUUCCUUGGCUCCGGUGAGAAGGUUGCCGCUCCGUUGUUUGCUCUGCAGUGCUGAGGUUCCCCUGGAGGAAGUCUAGUCACGUAUCUCUUUGGAAUUAACGGCAUGCCUUACUGGAAGACAAACUGUAACUGAUCUCACAUCAGUCUAGUCUAUUUUGUCAAAGUAGAUUGAAGUCUAUAAUAUGCAGAUUGUUAAAGGGGUUAGGUUUGAAUGCUGCUGCUCAAUAGGCAGCUCCGUGUGCAUGCUUUGUGUGAUUGGUUUUAGUUGGAUUCCUCUUAACAAGGUAAUAAUGUUAUAAUUCAUUUGGUUUUAGUUGUGUCCCUUUUUGCCUUGUAGACAUUAGUUAAAGAGCAGUGUGUAUGAGCAGAAAAGGAAAACAUCAAUCAUGGAUGAACAUGACAUCCCUCUCGCUUUGAAACCUGACAAUACAUUAACCAGCAUCUUAUUUCCCCCCCCUCGGACACUUUGCCAAUAAUUGUCUCCGGCCGUGUCGUCGGUGCUGCCUCUGGGUGAAAGGGCAAAUCCAAAUGAGAUGAUGGAGCCAUUAUGGAGACAGCCAUCAAGUGGUUCUGAAAGCUAUUUUAGAAAAUCGUCACGGCUCAGGGAUAUUUCAAGACACAGAAUUACUGGGAGGAGGACGAGCGCAGAGUAAUUAGGGGAUAAAAGCAGUUUUAGCUGCGAGACACAACACCAGGAGCGCUGGUUCAGAACUGAAGGAGAUGCCCCGUCUCUGCCGGCUCAUGAUUAAUGUCUCGGCUCUAGUUCCGGUUUUGUGUUGACAUGAGAGAUGCACCAGAGUGAAUGGGAGGAACAAACUGGGGCAACUUCAAGCCACUGGGUUUGUAGCAUAAUGCUGAAACACUCAAGUGUUCACAUGCACACAACGUCAUGAAGUGCGCUUGGCCAACAACAUCACUAACAUGCAUUAACUCUACCUUCAAAACAGACACAAUGUUGUAUCUCAUUUUCUAUUGUCUACUUGCAGUUUCAGCUCCUGUAUUUCUUCUCAGCUUUUAGUAUUUACCAUGUAUCCUUUUGGUUUUCAUUCAGCCACUGUGUAUGAAAGAAGCUGAGAUCAAAUUGAAGAAUAAUGUAAAAUACAUGAAAUGAAUCAAAUAUAUUGACAGAAAUGACAAAUGAAUAAACUGCUCCACAGUGAUAAAUGCAGGUUCUUUUCAUAUAUCGUGGAUAUUAGAUACGAAGGAUUAAAUAUAGACUUGUUAAACCCUCUAACUACCUCACACCUCAACUAAAAUAUGUAUAUUAUCUAUAUUAAUAUCAUGUACUAUGUUGACCCCUCUGUUGCUAAGGCAACUCCUCAUGCAAUCCUUAAAAGAAUGCCUUUGUUGAGCAUUAUGGAUGUUUUACUGCUCGCCUGACAAACUCCAGCUCCCAUUUCUUACACAGGAGCACGAGCUGAGAUUUCAGCUCCUGUAGAUUUCCUUCUGUUUAACUAAGAGUCCAGAAACCUGGUCCACAGAACCUGCUGCACGAAGGAUGAACCUGUCCUCUACCUGCCAGCUCACAAAAAGUAAUAAUAUAGAAUAACUGAGGUCUUAAAACUAGAUGUUGAUACAAAACCAUUACAAAUGAAGUGUGCAUCCCCCCCAACGCCUGCACGGUGUCUGGAAUAAAUUAGAACAACGUGACAUCAUGUGUACAGAAUGAUUGAUUUCAAUGUUGACCUUUUGUUUUUUUUAAAUCCAAACAAUUUGGGUUAAUGUUAAAUUAAAGGAACAUUUCUAAAUUCAUUGAAAACAGUUGAACAGUUAACAAGUGUCUAAUUUUCAGGACAUCGGACCCAUGAAUGAAAGAAGAGAUGAUGAUGAUGAUGAUGAUGAUGA